AUGGCGCCGAAGAAGAGGACUUCGGGCGGACAGCCUCAGGCGCAAAAGCAGAAGAAGGCCAAAGCGGGUGAGAUUAUGGGAGCUCCUGCUGACUCUUUGGCUUUAGCGCACAUGUCACUCUUUGAGAGUUGGAUGAACCUUGGACAACAAAUGAACAACAAGUCGUACUUCUUGGGAAAGAACACCCAUGGAAAAACUCUGAUUCAAUUUACCACCAGGAAAGAACAUGUCUUGGACAAGAACCUGACCGUGGAUGCUUUGCUCACUCAACAUCUAGCAGAUGAGGCUAUGUGCAGUUUUGAAUUCGUUCGGAUUGCUUGUAAACUCGGUGUCUCUCAGGCCACUGCCUUCGGCUUCUACAAGUUCUUGGAGGAGAAAUUCCCUCCGACCUCGGGAGAGGAUUUGAGUUUUGAGGAUGGCAGUCUGGCAGGUCCGGGCAGUGUAUACAUGGUCAAAGGCUGGCACCGCAGCAUUUGUUGUCUGACAGUUUGCUAUGCAGCCUUCAUGGUCCCGGAAAUGCUCGAGGCAUCUGAUGGGAUUGCCAACUUUGCGUCCUGCUACGCACUUGGAAAGCAGGAAUGUGGGGCCGCUGUGAACCUCCUGACCAAGAUCCCAGGGGAGGUGAAGGAUUGUUUGACUUUGCUGGUUCAGAGAUAUACCCAAUCUCGAUUUAUAACGCACGAGCAAUUGCAGCGGGUUUGCGGAGGCUUCUUAGCCUGCUUGGACCAGUUCACUUCCUUGGUGCCUCCUGGCUUUGCUAAUGGGUGCCUUGCUGACAUUCACAAAACGUUUGAGCUGCGUCAUGGGGACGCAGAUAUCAUCCAGCUCCUGGAAACUUCAGUACCGCCAGCUGGACUUCACAAGAUUUCGAUCUUCUCAGGUUACAUCCAGAAGUAUCACAGUCAGGGAGCUUUGGACUUCAAGCACAUCUCGGAUCGUUUCCAGAAGGGCAAGGAGUGGGCUUCGGAAUACUUGGAGAAGAAGCACCGGCUAUGUCUUGCUGCUAUUUGCGCCUCCUGGAACAGCGCCGCGUUCGUGAAGUCGAAGGCCUUGCUCGGGUCCAUAUGCGAUGUGGCAAGGAGUCGUGUCGUUGAUUUGGUCAACCCCGAUCCGGAAAGGGCUUUAGCGCCACAUUGGCGCGUGCAGCAGAGGGGUGUGCAAGCUACAGCUGCCAUCUUGAAGAACCUGGUCGAGGGCGUAGCCACCCAGUCGCCACACCCACUACUGGUAGUUGAUUUAUUGCCCAGCAGGUUUUCAGAGUGGUCCUUGGCCUCCUGGUCGAUCCAGCGCGAGCUCCUGCAGGAUGCUUCAAAGGACUUGGAUGUGCGUUUCCUGGCGACCUACCACUCAGAUUCGGUAGCUGACUUGACUGCAGCUAAAGAGGCCUUGAUGGGUCGUCUGAUCAAUGAUUUCUGGGAUUCUUCUGAAGCGGCUGGUUCAAAACGCCGUGAAUGCACCACCUUCUCACAGCCCUUACCGUCCCUGGAGACUUUGGUGGUGACUGAUGAUGGAGAGCUGAAUCUGGAGAACAUGGCUGACCUCGCCCGGGUGCAAGGGAUCAAGGUGGGCAUCACCACUGACAACCACAUUUGGCUGUUGAACAAGAUUGGGAAUGGAACGACGCUGGACUUCUCAGCUGGUGAAAUCUUUGGUUUCAAUAUCGGAAGCUAUUCGGAGGUCACACUAGGGUCUGCUGAGCCUUCUGAUUCGCAUAUUCCAUGGCUGGUCAAGCUGGACAAGACUCUGGUGGCCUUGGCAGACACCAAAGAGAUCAAGUCAAUCGCAGAGAUUCUUUGCGACGUGACAAAACAAAGAGGCAUAACUGAGAUCCGAAUUGUUGACCACGCCUUGCAGCCUAAGGUGGGCGCUGACCAGAGGCCACUAGCGUAUCGGUAUGACAUCUCGCCCAUGAAUUCCGUGAAUGCUUACAAGCCAAAGGAGCUACCAAGUGAUUGCAAUCGGCUGGGCAUGCGCUCAGUGCAGCUGGGGGCCUGCUUCCAUUCCAAAUACUCCCAGCUUCGGGGAAGCCAGCUCUGUGGUCUUGUCUGGGAGGUGAAAGUGGAUGAUUCUGUACCCGCCACCCUGAAGCCUAUCAAGCCCAAAUUCUAUUUGUUGGGCUCUGUUUCAAUCAAAGAUGGACAUGCAAUCAAGUUGAACUGA